AUGAUGGCGGACAAUUCAAAGCAGAAAACCAAAAGACUUCGCGCCAACGCUCCUAAAAAUAGGACCGGAUGUGGUACUUGCAAAAUCCGUCAUAGGCGCUGUGACGAAGCAAAGCCCAUCUGCAACAGCUGCCACAAGACAGGACGUAUCUGUGAUGGAUAUAUUGAUCCCUCGACUGGCAAGAAAUUCGGUGGCCAUGCUGGCCGCAUCUCGCCCUUCUUCGGUCUUGUUCCUCGCACACUCUUCGCCAAUGAAGGAGAAGCUCAAGGUUUCCAGUCCUUCGAGACCGCGACUGAAAUACAGUUUUCGGCGGCUCUGAUGAACAACCCUUGGGCUCCAUCAUUUCUUCAGCUCGCUCAGCAAGACCCUGCCAUCUAUCACGCUGUCAUCGCCACAGGCAUCAUGAGCAGGACAUAUCAAGCAACCCCGGUUUUCUCAACAUGGGACUCUCAGUCAAAUAGUAUGUAUCAGGUAGCGUUGCAACAGUAUGGCAAAGCUGUUGCUUGCUUCCGGUGGCAGCUUGCGGGGAUAAAUCUAGACGACGAUCAUUCACCGUCACCGCCAAAUGCUCUUACAUGCUGCAUACUCCUUAUCAUAUUCGAGUUCAUGCAAGGCAACGCCAGUGGUAUACGUUUACAUCUCAAAAACGCCAUCAAAUUUGCAGCUGGUCUUGGAAAAUGCCCACAGGGGCAAUUGUUUGCGAAUCUGCUGGCGCUUAUAGACAUGAUCAUGAUGAUGUGGCUAAACCUAGACCAGUCCUAUUCAGAUAUUUCACUACAGAUUCCCGAGGUGUACGCAAAUAAGAUAUCCCUGACUCGUCAAUCUGAUCUGGAAACACUUACCUACGACCUCGUCAACAUCAAGAACGAAGUCAUGACAUGGCGUCAUGCUGUAUCCGCACGCAGAAACGCAAAAGCACAGGGGAUUGGGCCUAAUAAUACCUCCUACACAGCGAGCUGGCGGACCAUCCAGUCUAAAUUGGACUUUUGGCACCGAAAAUUCACCGCGGUCUCCCCGACUGAGCAAGACAUCGCCACACAUCGCCCUUCUUUGCUUCGAGUUAACUAUCUUGUUACUGUUCUUAUUGUUAAUGAGGUACAUAAUAAACAACUGUCAGCACAGUCUCUUACCAAAACCAAUCCUACUGCCGGCUCAAAUUCGGCGAAACUCGAGUACUUCCAAGAGAUCAUUGAGCUCAUUGAAGGAGUCCUUGAGGCGGGAUACUGUUCUAGUCGGUAUGAUGUUGGGGCUGGAGAAGAGCUGCUCGAAAACACAGGUCUGCUGCCUCUCUUUUCCUUUCGGAACAGUUUCAUUCAACCGUUAUUCUAUGUUGCGCAAAAAUCUCCGCAUAUACAACUGCGUCAAAAGGCUAUUCGGCUUCUUCUUAGAAAGCCAUGGCGGGAAGGGGCGUGGGACUCUUUCAUCAUGGGCUCAAUUGCACAGGAUUCGUUAGACGCUUCGAUUUCCGAGGUCUAG